UGCUCGCUGCCUGAUUUCAUUACUGGACUUCCAGCGGGGGUUCUUCUCAGUCCUGUGACACCAAAGCCUGAGACUCUCCCCCAUGACAGGCAGCUUCGAGCCUCCUUCUCCUCUUACUUGUGGGAACCCAGGACCAUUCACUGUGCUAUGCUGUGGCCACUGCUGCUGUCCCUGCUGUGUGCAGGAUCCGAGGCUCAGGAGCUAAGAUUCCAGCUGGUGGUGCCCAACUCAGUGACAGUCGAGGAGGGCUUGUGUGCCCAUGUGCCCUGUAGCGUCUCCUACCCCUCCUAUAAACCCCAUCUUCAACGUGUCUUUGGCUUCUGGUUCCAAGAAGGGGCCCAUUUACAUGGAGACCCUCCAGUGGCCACAAAUGACCCCAGACAACUAGUGCAGAGGGCAACACAGGGCCGAUUCCAUCUCCUUGGGGACCCAGAGAAAAAUGACUGCUCCCUGCUCAUCACAGACGCACAGAAAAAUGACACAGGAGUGUACUUCUUCAGAGUGGUUAGAGAUCCUUUUGUGAGAUACACUUACAGAGGAAACCAGCUGUCGCUGCAUGUGAUCCCUCUAACACGGACUCCUGACAUCCUUAACCAAGGGAUCCUGCAGGCUGGCCAUCCUAGCAACUUUACCUGCUCUGUGCCCUGGGCCUGUGAGCAGGGGACACCCCCCACCUUCUCCUGGAUGUCAACUGCCCUUAUCUCUUUGAGUCCCAGAACCACAAAUUCCCCAGUGCUGACUCUCACACCUCAGCCCCAGGACCAUGGGGCCAACCUUACCUGUCUGGUGACCUUCUCUGGAGCAGGUGUCACUGUGGAAAGGACCAUCCAGCUCAAAGUUACCUGGAAAUCGGGUCAGAUGGCCGAGGUGCUGCUGGUGGCUGUGGGGGAGGCCGCUGUCAAGGUCCUGCUUCUUGGGCUGUGUCUCACGUGGCUCGGCGUGAUGGUCUCUAGAAAGAAGAAAGUAAGGCUGUCGGAGCACAUGCACUAUGAAGAUCCCAAAAAGGUUCAUCAGCAGGACUCCAAGGUGCACAGCCCCCCGGAGAAUCCAAGAUGCUCAUAGGACUCGUCCUAGGAACAGAGCAGUAUUGCUGGGGCUUUGGGGGUCCCUUUGGGGUUUAGUAAUAAAGACACAGAGACAUCAGUGUAGUAAAAAGCUGUCAGCCUUCUUGUUGGGAGCGGCCCCUCAGUAAGGCUUGACCUGACUCCCCUGCCGCUGUGUCUCCACCAGUCUGGGCCCUAGCUCUGCCUCCUCCCCCAGCAUCAGCUCCGCCUCUUUGUUCCUCCGAAGCCUCUCCUUUCCCGGGCUAACAAGGGGCUUAUUAGCAUGGUAGGCGUGGUUCCACAGUUUACUCACUCUGAACCAGUCAUCGGCUUGACUACUCCCGUCUGUCUCUUAGUGUUGCCCUUUGGCCAGACCACUCCCAACCCCCCUCCACCGCCCAUCCCUCUCCAGACUCCCAACCCCUGGCAGUUCACUUUUUUUAAAAUUUAAUCUCAGAGAAUCGCUGUUGAUCUCUCUGCAUCUUUUUGGGCAGGUGAGGAAGCAGGCCUUGUGGGCCCUAGAAAUGACAAUACCACAUACCCUGACAGCACCGGGCACAACAAUUAAUUAUGGAGAAUGCGGGGGCACACAUAGGCAGUUGAUAGAGUAUGUGUGGGAACAGGCUACCCCAGCAGGGCAGCGUCUGAACUAGGAUUCCCUCCGGCUUCCUGGGAAUGGGACCUCAGGAGUGCUCAGAGAGCCAAACCCACCAAGAAACUCUUAGGAAGUUUGCUCUCAUAUAGCACCUGUGUUGUCUAUGGCUCUCCAAAGAUAAUCCUACCCCUCUCCUGCCUCACCUCUCUUUCUCCUUCCUCUCAAUAUUUCUCAUAUGGGUGAAAAUAGACACAUUUGUGUGCCAAUGCUCUUGUCCUUGAGUACAUGUAUGAAGCCUAGAGGUCAAAGUUCAGUGUCUUCUUCUACGGCCCUUGACCUUCUCCUUCAUUAUUUAUUAUUAUUAUUAUUAAUUAUUAUAUCCUUGUUAUUAUUAUUUGACACAGGGCAUGGUGGUUUGAAUGAAAAUGGCCCCCAAUGGCUUAUAAGAAAUGGCACAGAGGUGUGGCCCUGUGGAGUAGGUGUGGCCAGUGUCUCCUGCUGCCUGCUGAUCCAGAUGUAGAACUCUCAGCUGCCUCUCCAGCUCCAUGUCUGCCUGUGAGCCAUCAUGCCUCUCACAGUGACGACAGUGGACUAACCCUCUGAGCCGAUAAAUGUUUUCCUUUAUAA